AGCGCGCAGAGACCGGAGAGGAAGGGAGACGCUGCCCGGUUUGAUUAAAGACGGUAAAAACGGUUUGCUACAAUGUCGGUGUGAAGAAGCGCCUUAAUCCUCUUUGGAAUAUUGAAUAUAUAAAACUGACUGGAAGAGGAGAGAACGAUGGAAGUUGAAUGUUUAUGUCUGAAAGACCUCACCAGUCCCUGGAAAACUUUCAACACAAAACCACAUGAUGAUGAUGGUCAAAGUGAGAAAAAGGAAAACAUCUGUGCAGAAAGGAAAAGGUCCACACCGCUAAAGCUUGCCGAGGCUGCUGUCCCCAUAUCACUGAUAAAAAAGAGACCUACCAGUCGUGACCUCACCCCCAUUAAGCACACGUGCUUGGCUGAACCGUGGACACCUACAGCCAAUCUGAAGAUGCUCAUCAGUGCAGCCAGUCCAGACAUCAGGGAACGAGAGAUGAAAAAGAUGCUUUUUAGGCCCAUAGAGAAUGAGAACAAACCAGCCGACAUAGAUGAUGUGUUAGAUGAAGCAGAGGUUGCUGAAUCUUGUCAGUUUGAAGUCGAGGACGACCCUGAGAAGAAACCCAGCAGAAAGGAGAAGAGUCUGGGUCUGCUGUGCAAGAAGUUCCUUGCACUCUACCCUGAUUACCCACCACUACACAAGCCCAUCUUGAUUUCACUGGAUGAAGUGGCAACCAGUCUUGGAGUGGGGCGGCGGCGUAUCUACGAUAUCAUCAACGUGCUGGAAUCUCUCGCAAUUGUUGGUCGAAUAGCCAAGAAUAGUUACAUCUGGUAUGGUCGUCAGCGGCUAGAAGCCACGCUGGAGGAGCUGCAGCAGAGAGGCCGACAGCAGGGCUACCACCUCCAGAUGGAAAUGGUUACUGAGGAAAGGGGGGCCGAGCUGGACGAUGGACAGCAAAGAAAUGGCAGUAAUGCCACCAGGAAGUGGAAAGACAAGUCUCUACGCAUCAUGAGCCAGAAGUUUGUCAUGCUGUUCCUGGUGUCAAAAACAACUGUCACUCUGGACAACGCAGCAAACAUCCUCAUUGAGGAGAGUCCAGAUUCUACAAGUCACAGCAACAACAAAAACAAGGUGCGGCGUCUUUACGACAUAGCUAAUGUACUCACCAGCCUCAGCCUGAUAAAGAAGGUGCAUGUGCAUGAAGAAAAAGGCAGGAAGCCGGCCUUCAAGUGGCUUGGCCCAGUUGAUUUCCAAAACUCUGGACACGCUAUGAAGGUUGCAGCUGUUGCUCCAGCUGACACCUAUGAUGCUGCACAUGGAACAACAGGUCAGAAGCUGUCCUCUAAACCCAAGCUGACACGCCAUGCCUCCUUAAACAUAACCCCGACACCUGUGGCCAUUCAGUGCAAAGUCAGCUCCGCCCCCAGCAGCCCACACAGCAGUCAAAUGGUCCUUCCACACCAGCCUGCAAUUUAUUCUACAAAAUCUACAAGCAGCAGCACUCUGUGUCAACUGCACAAUGAUACCAAUGAGAGUCCAACCAGUGGACUGCAGAGUCCCACUGACACCAAGAGCAGGCUGCUACCGCUGUCCUGCCAGCAGGGGGUGCCCCUGCACACUGAGCAUCUCUUCAGCUCUUCAUCCACCCCACACUGCGUGGCCUACCUACCUAUUAUGUCUCAGUCCCCAGUCCUCAUGCUGUACAGGGCACCAGACAGUUCCGGCCAGUUCCCUGAAGGUCAGACUUCUCCUGCGUUAGGGUCUGAGGAGAGGAGGAAGAGAAGGAAGGAAGAAGCAGAAAAUGAGGAGACGGCAAAAAAGUUGGGAUUAUCUGUGUUGGCGGAACAUGACAAGGUGAGUGCUGAGCCUUACAGGGGAGCAGCAGACGGUUCGCAGCCCAGCAGCACAGAGAUUCAGCUCAGUGUCCCAACAGGACACGACACACAGCUGCCAUUCUCUGGUACACUGAACGAGGCACUGGCUGCCAGCAGCAGUGAUCCCGCCCAGCCGUCACACUACCUCUAUGUGCCCAACAAUGCAGCACUGAACAACCUCAGGUUCCUUCACUCUGCCAGCCAGUCAUCAGCAGCACAUCCUCCCAGAGGCGUUUCUACUCUGAUGCUACCCUAUGUACUGGUGCCCUCUGCUGCCCUUUCACACUACCCCAUGGUGGCCAGCACUGUCCAGCAGCAAGGCUCUGACGCUCCCACGCCGUUGAACUUCAGCCUUCCUGCUGUGAUGUCAUCAGCUCAUUUCAUGGUGGGAGCUGCCCCGUGCGGCCUCACACCAGAAAUCUGCAUGGCGUCGCUUCCGGUGCCGUCCACAACAGAACAAACAAGGCUGUACGGGUCAGCAACGGCAGCUCCUCCUCUUUCUCCCUCAGAACCACUGCAGACGGGCAACAUCACCACAUCAGAAUCACUAACGCCACAUACUCCAAAGGAAUCCACAGUGUCCUCAUCCAAGGCUUUCUUCCAGACCCCAGGAACACUGGGAAGUGUCGCCCACACUGUGUCGACUGAACGCAAAAGAGGCUCCGCCCAAAGAAGACUGGACAUUGGCCAUCCACCAACUAGUUAAGACACCUAAAGUGAUGGGUGUUAGUGGUCCAUGUGGUACAACAUGUCUGGGGUAACGCUAAUGGAAUUACACCAAGGUGUUAUUCCGUCAGAUUUCCAAAUGAACUGUCCUAGUUAUUCAAAAAAGGAGAAGGGCUUCCUUUCCAAAUCGAAUCCAUUU